UAUUUAUUUUUGAAGGAUUGCACCAAAAUUGUCAACAAAUUUAAAUGUCUUGAGAGUCGAGUCGUGGAAGUGAUUGAGUGGUCGGAUGUGUAGCGAUGGGCGCCUCCCAGUCAAGUGAUUUCGAUACCUCUAAACUCAACUCUUUCUGGACAGUCAUCGGCUUAUCUCACGACCCGAUCCACACAUUUGUCGAGAUGUGGUAUCACGUGUUCUUGUGGUCACUGUUCUCGUCAAUCAUAAUCCAUAUGUUGGCGUCGAGUAUAGCGUUUGGAUCUCUUCGUCGCCAUAAGAGUCUGCGAUUUGGUCCGCUUCUGGUGUUGAUGUCUGGAGUGGUGACCCCUUUGACGGCUUACUCCAUCACAUCGGCGGCCGUGGCGGGGGUUCACAGGGCCGCCAGCUUCCAGAUGUACCCCUUGUAUGCCAUGUUCUGGGGCUGCGGACAAACUCUGGUCACUCUUGUCUUCUCAUUCACCAGAGUUUUAGCCACUCUUUGACCCAAUAAUGCGAUGAAAAUAGAG